AUGAGCACCUUCUACAGAGGCACCGUGGAGAGCAUCCUCAGCAGCUGCAUCACUGUGUGGUAUCCUGCACUGGUUCCUUCUGGAAACAGCUACAACGGAACAGAAAACGACCCGACCAGGGCGGGCGGUGGGGGCCCAGGACGGAGGGACAGAGUCCAAAAAGGCCCAGACGGCCAAGUUCAGGGGGCCGACCCGGAGGCCGACAGCACCGGAGGCCAAAACAGUUCAGUUCCGGAGGCCGACCAUGCGAAAAGCAGCGGUAGCGGGGCAGGUCCGAAGGCGAGCCACGCAGUAGGCAGUGGCGAGGAGACAGUUCAGGGGGCCGACCGUGCGGACGGCAACGGCGGCGGCGAGAAAGCAGUUCAGGAGGCCGACCGUGCGGACGGCAACGGCGGCGGCGAGAAAGCAGAUCAGGGGGCCGACCGUGUGGGCGGCAACGGCGGCGGCGAGAAAGCAGUUCAGGGGGCCGACCGUGCGGAUGGCAACGGCGGCGGCAAUUCCAGUCCGGAGGCCGGCCACGCGGAAGAUGACCGACGAUGUGGAGGCGGCCGUUGGGGAUCUGACGAGGAUGAGGCAGCUGAUGCGGGAGCUGGACCAGGUGAAGCUGAGACGGAGGCUGGACCAGACGACGGCGUGGGUGAAGCUGAGACGGGGGCUUGGCCAGACGAGGGCGGAGAUGAAGCUGGGCCAGACGAGGCCGAUGAAGCAGAAGCAGAGGCUGCAGCCGUCGUGGACGAAGACUCGGAGGCUGCGGCUGGCGUGGAUGAUGAGGGGGCUGCUGCAGGCGUUGAUGAAGACACAGAGGCGGAACCUGACGACAGCGGGGCUGUUGAAGGCGGUGAUGUGGAUGCUGCAGGCGGUGCUGAGGCGGAGGCUGGACCAGGCGAGGCAGCUGAUGAUGAAGCCGGAGCUGGACCAGCUGACGAUGAAGCCGAUGAGGAGGCUGGACCAGGCGGCGGCGUGGGUGAAGCUGAAGCUGGGCCAGAUGACGCAGAGGCUGCUGCAGCCGGCGGAGCGGAAGCAGAUGAGGAGGCUGCUGCAGCCGGCGGCGCGGAAGCAGAUGAGGAGGCUGCUGCAGCCGGCGGCGCGGAAGCAGAUGAGGAGGCUGCUGCAGCCGGCGGCGCGGAAGCAGAUGAGGAGGCUGCUGCAGCCGGCGGCGAGGAUGACGACCCUGAGGCUGCAGCCGGCGGCGAGGAUGACGACCCUGAGGCUGCAGCCGGCGGCGAGGAUGACGACCCUGAGGCUGCAGCCGGCGGCGAGGAUGACGACCCUGAGGCUGCAGCCGGCGGCGAGGAUGACGACCCUGAGGCUGCAGCCGGCGGCGAGGAUGACGACCCUGAGGCUGCAGCCGGCGGCGAGGAUGACGACCCUGAGGCUGCAGCCGGCGGCGAGGAUGACGACCCUGAGGCUGCAGCUGGCGAGGAUGACGACCCUGAGGCUGCAGCUGGCGAGGAUGACGACCCUGAGGCUGCAGCUGGCGGCGGCGUGGAAGCAGGCGACAGAGGCGCUGCAGUAGGCGUGGAUGAGGCUGCUGGUGGAGCAGCUAGUGGCUGGACGGGCCCCUCGGGUCCCCCAGCAGACGAGGCAGGUGGCUGGACGGGCUCCUCGGGCCCCCCAGCAGACGAGGCAGGGCUGAACCAGCAGGCACGUGGGCCUCUGGAUAACACAGAGCAGAACCAGCAGGCGCACGGGCCUCUGGCAGGGACAGGUCAGAACCAGCGGGCACACGGGCCCCUGGCAGGAACAGGUCAGAACCAGCAGGUGCGGGGACCUCUGGCAGGAACAGCUGCUGUGCGUCGGCACGUCAGCGCUGCUGCUUCUGUGUCUCUGAGGCUGGCUGUGACCCAGAAAAGCGUGCAGAGUGUUCUGGUGCUGCAUGUCUCAUCACGCCUCAGCUCCUCUCUGCUAUGCGGCACUACCGGCCUCCACCUGAGCUCCGCUGCAGUCACAGUCCUGCGUAUCAAACGCUCAGGGAUCGCUGUAGGCCUGCAGCUUUCAAGUCUGUGCCCGAAGGAGCUCAAAGAUGACAACGCCAUCACUGUCGAUGAUUUUCUCCGAGCGCUGAGCCCAGAGGACAACUUCCCCGGACUUAAGCAGAGGGACAGCAGGGAGGUGAAUGCUUCUGUCUCCUCAGAUUUCCCUCUGGGAUCAGACUGUUGUGUUACAUCGGAGUAA